CGUCCUGUCCGCGAGGGCUGACUCGCAGAUGCUGCUCUUUUGUGUGCUGCGUUUCCGCACCGUCAUGACUUCCGUUUCCAUGCCGACGUAAGUUGGAGCUGUGCAGACCCGUGCAGCACGUCGCGAGCGCUCUGGGCUGUAGCACAGUGGUUGUGCAGGAUGGCGGACAGCCGGUCUGGCGCGCGGAGGGCUUGCGCCGUCCUCCUGAGUAAGGACUUCGUGUCUUCGCGGAAAGGACAGCUUCUGCUGGGAGAAGUGGCCUCGUCCUUUAUCAGCUUUGUGUGCUUCUGUGCGUCGACGGCAGCUGUCUUCGUCACUGCUCCCCUCCUCGCCUUCCUCACCGCUCUCUUCCUCCUCUUCGCUUAUUCCACCAAGUUCAAUGAGCGCUUCAAAGGCUUCCAGUGGCCCCUAAUGGAUUUUCUGCGCUGUGUCAGCGCCUCCAUUGUCUUCUUCAUCAUCUCCAUAAUGGCAGUGUCCAGGUACCCAGAUGGAUCCUCAAAAGCUGCAGGAGUGUUUGGCUUCAUCGCCACCAUUGUUUUUGCGCUGGAUUUUUAUUUCAUCUUUAAUGAGCUGGCGGACUUCAUCAAGGGGGGCGGGACUAACGAGGAGCCACAGAACGCAGAAGACGGAGACUUGGACACGGACUCAGACUGAGUGUCCUUAUACCAGAGGACCAUCAACAAGCUAAGGUUAUAUUCAGAUAUUAAAGCCUUGAGACGAAGAUCUACCACGUAUCAGCUAAAAGCAGACAUGAGUCAUGAUUUAAACUCAGCACGGUACAGCAGUGGAGGAGGAGCUUCUGCUCCAAUCCAGACUUUCAGCAUGCUGAAGAAAACACCGACAACCUCCACAAUAUCCCUCUAAGACAGUUUAGUGUUCAUGAUAUUUAAAUGAUAUUGUCUUCAACAUAUCAUGGUUGACAAAGUAAGACACUGAAGAAUAAUUAUAAGUGGACAAAUUGAAGAAUGUUUAUUCCUCAUUAAAAGUGUUAAUAAAACAGAGAAACUCAGAACUUUAGCGAUAUACUCUUGACUUUGGUCUCAUGUUAAUUUGGUCUCCUUCUCCCAAAGGUUAAGUGUAAAGGUUGCUAGUGUUUUGGAUUAUAUCAUCUUCAGCAGCGGGGGUUCUCUGUACCUGCUGUGCACAUGCCACACAUACUGCUGUCAUACACCCCUACAGACAGGCCAGGUGGUCAGGGUGAACUCUAACACACACACACACACACACACACACAGUCGCACGCACUCGCACGCACGCACUCGCGCGCACACACACGCAUAGAGAAUAAAUCCGUACUAUAUGAAUGCAUUAAAAUAUCUUCAGUACAUUUGCACAGUCACACAAACGUGUGAUUUGCAGCUGCUGCAGUUUGAGAGCAGAUCAGCUGUUUGUUAGUGUGAAGCUCCUCCAGACAGGAAGCUCUCCUUAGGACAGAUCAGGUGGUCCCAGUUCAACUGAUUCAUCACACCCACUGGUCCCAGUUCACCUGGUUUAUCACACCCCCUGGUCCCAGUACAGCUCAUUCAUGCUGACUCCUGUUCUCUUCUGAUCCGAGGCAGUCAGCUUCAGGAAUGUAUCACACUAUCAGUCUCUAUCAGACUCAAUCAAUACACUAAUAUCUGGUCAUUUAAAAAAACUUACUUAAGUAUUAACCCUUAAAAAGUGUGCGUGUGAAUUAAAGGAAGGCUCCACCCAUGGCCAGCAAGACACCGUUUAGAUCACGCAGUGUGGGACAGACACGCCCCCUCUAGCUCAACUU